AUGGAGCAUACUCCAUUCAUCCCUCCACUGGCUCUCCACGGCUUCUCUAUGGAAAACAGUGGAGCACACUACAAGGAUGCACUACGACUGAGACUGCCCCUCCACAUGGACGCAUAUCUGGACCCAGUGCACGACCAGAGGUUACCCUACAGACGGCUAACUUAUUUCCCUUUCCACGUCCCCUUUGGUGUGUGUGAUUAUUCCUUUGAACCUGCUUUUAUCCGGAAAAGGAACGAAAGGGAGCGGCACCGAGUGCGCUGCGUAAACGAAGGUUACGCACGGCUCAGAGAGCAUCUGCCGCAGGAGUUUGAGGACAAGCGGCUCAGCAAAGUGGAGACCCUGCACGCUGCUAUUGACUAUAUCAAACACCUGCAGAGCCUGCUGGACUUAAACGUGUCCGGGAUGGAGAUGCCACUCGUUGGAGACGCGCGUAACCGUGCGUCGCUGCCGCAGAGGACAGAGUGCAACAGUGAUGGAGAAUCCAAAACUGGCCUCAACGACAGUGAGGAAAUUGUUUACUGA